AUGCUUCGUCGCCUUGCUGUGGGGCCCGGUGUGCUGCUUCAUCUGCGGUUUGACGGAGCCGCAGGCGAGGCGGGGCGCGGCCCAGUUCGGUACAAGCGGCUCCCGGCUAGUAUGCAGCCCAAGCCACUUGCGGAGAACUUCACACCCUUCCCGCUGCCCAAGUACGAUGAGGACUUGGGCUACGGCCCUGUGCGGCUGCGCAACAUUCCUGACAUUGAGGAGGCGAAAAAGCGACAGCAGCAGCGAGGCGCGGCACUCAUGGAGGCAGCCUUGCGUGAGGGUGGGGAGGCGCGGGAGCAGACGCAGCUGCGGUUUAAGGAGGAAGGAUCCAUGUUGGCUUCUUCGUCUCAUGACGAUCCUUCCCCCGUGGAUGCCACAGAGGGAGUUGCAGACGAAGACACCUUGGGCGGCUACACCGUCUCCCGCCACUACCCUCUCAUCGACCGGCUGGAGUGCAACCGAUCCCUUGAGGAUCUCCUCUUGCAGUUUGUGCGGCGUCCACAGGUGGAGGCUCGCUGCGCCGCCUUGGCUGAUAUGGCCUCCACAAUUGCGAUCCGCAGUGAUGCGGAGCUGACACGUAUGUUUGAGGAGGUGAGCAGCCCAUUUGCUCACGACGGCAGGGGGCUCAACUUUCUUGUCACCACAGUCAGGAAGUUUGGCCGCCCGUACGGUGUCACGAAUUCCCUUGUGACCGCCUACGUGAACUUGAUGCAUGCGGCCACCGUUACCUUUCUGCAGGAGCAGCCGUGGCGUCUUUCCCGUUGUCCUGCGUUGACCAUUCAGCUUCUUCAUUUUAUGGCCCUCAUCAAGGUGUUUGAGCCCAAUAAAUGGUUUACGUCGUCGGUCCACGCACCAUCGAACCGUGCUGACUACAAGCACCCGCGCGGGACGAACCAGACGACGGCGUUUUGGGGAACCGGUGAGGCAGUUUUUGACGCCAUGGUUAACCUAGUACGCCGCGACGAGCACGAUGGCGUCCCUCACCUGCUGGAGUUAUGCACAGACGAAGAGCUUGUGGACCUGCUAAACGGCUUUUCGGCGGUGAUGCCAAGCGGAACGCCUAUUGGUGGCGUUUUUAAAUCCAUUAUGGACUGCUUUUUGCGGCGUGUGCGGAGUCAUGCGAAGAGGGCGCUGACGAUGCAGGACAUGGCGACGAUGGAGCGGAUGUAUCUGACCUCCGUUAUGGCGGAUGCGAGCAGUGAGGAGUUGUUGCAACUUCUCUUGGCUGACAGUAGUUGUCCGCGAGGACCUAACUUCUUUGCGGCCCUUUCGCGCGGGAAGGCGACGGCGUUAAAUGCAAAGACGUUUGACUUGCUGCAGACGGCGAUUGACGCAGCCAGUGCAAAUCACGACACUGCCACGCUUUUGGCGCUGCUUGAAAGCGGCUCGGAGGCGUUACUUUCAAUGACCGAUAAGGAGCGCGCCCAGGAGUUUGCCAUGAGAAACCAUUUUGACUACCAUAUCUUGCGCUCCUUCCGGCACUUUGCUCUGGUCGCGGACCGCCUACGCAUGGAGCAGCCGAGCAUCUCUGCCCGCAUUCCCCGCUCAAUUCGUGACGUGCAGGCACAGUUGUUCGCCGCCAACGCCGCCAAGCUGCACUCCGUCGACGCGCACGCGGCGGUCUCCGCGGCUUCCAUGCCCGGUUAUGUCUCGCCCCACCCCACCCGUCGCCUUGCGCGUCCCUUGAUGACAAUGCUGUCGCAGCUGGAAUACCUCAACACUGUGGACUCUGUCUUCUUGUUGCACUCUUCACUGAUGGCAAGCUCAACAGAUCAGCUUGUUUCCGCCGUGCGGCGGCUUCCGAGCGGGAAAGACAGCCUGAUUGUCUCUUUGAGUUGUCUCCGUGAGCUCUCGGUGAAGGCUGCCACAAGUGCCAAGCCGAGGGAGCGGGAGGCUUGCGAACGGGCGCUUGAGAUCCUCGCCUACGAGGUUGAAAAGGGCCGAGUGGUGCUGUUGCCAUUUAGCGAGGAACUUCGUCUCCACGAUGCGGGGACCUACUGCGACGAGGACCUCAUCCUCUGGACCAUCGCCGCCUUUUUUGCCAGGGAGAUGCCGCUGGUGAAGGUGCACACGCUGAUGCACAGCGACUGCACCGCACGCACGCCCUACCGAUUCCUCAAGGGCAGACACAACCUCCUCACCUCGUCGCGCUCGUUGCACGACAAGGAUGCACCGCUGCUGAGUGCACUUCACAGCAAGGAGUUAAAACUUGUGACGCGGAACGUAAAGCUACGAACGGCGUUGCGUGACCGCAAGUGCACCUUGUACCACUAUAAUCCGAUACGGGCCCGAUUUGUCUACCGUCGUGAUAAGGCAAUGUUUGACAAGUACCACACGACUGCACGGCACCUGGCGCCUGGAUUCAGUCGUGGGGCGUUGCACCAUGACUGGCGCGGUCUUGGGGUUUACACGCCUGACCACCCACAAGUGCCGUACCGUCGCCUCCCGUGGAAGCAACGGGAAGCGACGUUGAAGGCGGCGUGA